GCAGUCGAGUGCUUCUGUCCGAGGGGGACGGGCAGCCGGUUCGGGAUGAGCGUCGUGACGGGGACCCCCGCGGUGGUGUCCGUAUCCAUCAGCAGCACCCUCAACUCCUUCCGGGCCCUCAAGAGAUACGCCCGGGGGCUCACCCUCGCCGAGUUCAAGUGUAAGCUGGAACUGGUUGUGGGAAGUCCGGCAUCAUGCAUGGACCUUGAGCUCUAUACUCCAGAUGACAAGUUUGUGAUGAAACUCGACAGCGACGAGGCCUUGCUGGGGUCUUACCCCAUCGACGACGGGUGCAGGAUUCAUGUUAUUGACACGAGUGGUGCAACCAUCGGGGAAUAUGAAAAUGUGUCAAACGUGGAGAAAUUCGAGAUAACCGAUGAUGAAUAUGACAAGCGAAGAGAUACAGCACGCUCCUUCAUGAAAACAAGUAAGCUGGGGCACUACAAUGCGGAAGAAAUGAUGAAGAAGGAAGCAGAGAGGGAGCAGAAGCUGGUGGAGGAGAAGGCCCUGGCGGAAGCCAUUUCCGUGGGGUCAAGGUGUGAGGUGCGGGCAGCAGGGCAGCCCAACAAACGAGGGACAGUGAUGUACGUUGGCUUAACGGAGUUCAAGCCUGGUUACUGGGUCGGCAUCAAGUAUGAUGAGCCUGUGGGGAAGCACGACGGAAGCGUCAACGGAAAGCAGUACUUUGAGUGCCAGCUCAAGUACGGCGCCUUCGUGAAGCCUCGCUUCGUCACCGUGGGGGAUUUCCCGGAAGUGGUGGACUAUGGCCUGGAUGACGAAAUGUGACGGGGAGAGGAAGAGGUGCAGGGGUGGCUGAAGGAAGCGGAGCGGGUCGCCAUGCGGCCUCUGUUAAUGGCUGGCUGUGGCGCUCUGAUCCCAUGUGCGAGGUCACUUGAGCAAGCCAAAGGGAGAAGGCGCGAAAAGCCGCUGUGUGUUCUUCGACUUGUGUUGGUGGUUUCCUUCCCCCCUUCCCUUUCUCCUGGUUGUGUCUCGUCUGUUCCGUGAAGAUGCUACAUCCCCAUGAUUUUUCUCACAUUCACACCCUUCUUUGCCGGCUCAGUUAACCCAGAGAAAACUGGAGUGCCCUUGCCUUGUUGUAGCAAUCCUUGAAGGGGUGGGGCCUGGGGGUGGCAGCAAAGUCGCUCCUGAUUCCCCCACCCCACGCCACCCCGGUAGUAAGGCCUGCUGGUUGCAGAAGCAGUUAGUUGAGCAGGAUGAAAAGAGAACCUCUGAGCAGAUUUGUACAAGACCCUUCCUGCUUUUUUAAAAGUAAAUGCAGACAUUUCUAUGACCAUGCAUUUUUUCCCCGUUGUGAAAAGUUGUGUUUUUUUUUUUGUGCUGCUGGCCGAUGCUAUGUGAAUACGAUAAAUUAAAAAAGUUGGUGGG